AUGGCUGGCCGCCUGCUGCCCCUGCUGCUCUCAGAGCAGCUCACAGCCCUGCUCCUCCACGCCGAGGGAAGCGUAUUUAUCAAGAAAGAAAAUGCAGACAAGUUCUUGGAAAGAACAAAACGUGCUAACUCUUUUUUGGAGGAAUUGAAGAAAGGGAAUAUUGAAAGAGAAUGCAAUGAGGAGCGUUGCUCAAAAGAAGAGGCGAGAGAAGCCUUUGAAGACCAAGAGAAAACUGAGGAAUUCUGGAAUAUCUAUGUAGAUGGAGAUCAGUGCAGCUCAAAUCCUUGUCACUACGGUGGACAUUGUAAAGAUGGAAUCGGUUCCUACACUUGCUCAUGUUUGGAUGGCUAUCAAGGCAAGAACUGUGAAUUUGUCAUACCGAAGUACUGCAAGAUAAGCAAUGGUGACUGUGAGCAGUUCUGCAGCAUCAAAAAGAGUGCACAGAAGGAUGUGGUGUGUUCCUGUGCAAAAGGGUAUGUUCUAGCAGAAGAUGGCAAAGGCUGUGUUGCAUCAGUAAAAUUUCCCUGUGGAAAAGUUUUUGUGAAAAGAAAAAAAAGGUCUGUUAUUUCACCUGCUGAUAACAGCAAUGCAACAGGCACUGAAGUUGUCUCUCCCACAAAUGGAACAAUUCUGGAAGAGGACAUCGUUGCUACCACAGAAAGCCCAACCGUCCAGCCUCGGAAUCAAACAAGUAUCCAGUCUCCAAAUGUGAUUACCAGGAUAGUUGGUGGUGAUGAGUGUCUGCUUGGUGAAUGUCCAUGGCAGGCUGUUCUCAUAAAUGAGGGAGGGGAAGAGUUUUGUGGUGGAACUAUUUUGAAUGAAAACUAUAUCCUUACUGCAGCUCACUGCAUGAACCAAUCUAAAGAAAUCACAGUUGUUGUUGGUGAAGUGGACAGAGAAGAGGAAGAACAUUCUGAAACAAUGCAUACGGUGGACAAAAUAUUUGUUCACUCUAAAUAUGUUGCAGAAACUUACGACAAUGACAUAGCCAUAAUAAAGCUGAAGGAACCUAUAACAUUUUCUGAGUAUGUUAUCCCAGCAUGUCUUCCAGAAACAGACUUUGCUAAUGAAGUUCUGAUGAACCAGAAAUCUGGGAUGGUUAGUGGCUUCGGACGGGAGUUUGAAGGUGGACGACUAUCCAAAAAACUGAAAGUGCUUCAAGUCCCCUAUGUGGAUAGGAACACUUGCAAGCAAUCAACUAACUUUGAGAUAACAGAUAACAUGUUCUGUGCUGGUUACGAGACGGAGCAAAAAGAUGCUUGCCAAGGAGACAGUGGAGGCCCCCAUGUAACCAAAUAUAAGGAGACUUACUUUAUUACUGGAAUUGUUAGCUGGGGAGAAGGAUGUGCAAGGAAAGGCAAAUACGGUAUCUAUACCAAACUGUCCAGGUUCCUACGCUGGGUAAAAUGGGUCCUGAGACAAAAGAUGUAG